AUGGUUGACUACCACGGUCAUUCUUUCGCCUUUUUGGCGUCUCUCUCCACCGUGCAAAGACCGACAUCCCCCAAGAAUAUUCCCUGUGACUUGUCGCAUCACGCGCAAGAUCCUGUAUCGGUGCCUCUCCCUCCGUCACCUCCAGCCAUGUCCCUGAAAUCCGAAAUCGCGGGACCAGGUGAGUUGGGUGGCUCGGGCCGAUCCAGCCCCAAGGAUGAGACCACCCCGAUUGCCAAUGGACACAACCCCGCGGCCGCGCCAACCAUGGAUGUUCCCGGGGUCACCUUGGAGGAAUUCGCGACCCGCUACCAUCAAACCCAGCGCAAGCAAGCCCAGAGGAAGCGACUGGAGAAGCGCCUGCGGGCCACCAAGGUCUCCAUCGGCGUUUCAUCCCGCAUGAUUCGUGUUGGGCUCACCUCACAGCGCGGUCUCGUCGAGGCCCUCAAACACGAAGACAAGCCCAACUUUGUUGCUCUCUAUCAGACUCUUCAUGAUCUCCAGGAAUCUUGUCGUUCGCCCGUCAGCGAUGGCCCAGACUCCAUGUCGGCUCCCACAGCCGACAUGGACACUUACCCGGAUUUCUUGCAUCAAUUAAGCCCUCAAUCCCGGACGGAUUUCCUGGAUAUUCUGCGACUGGUUCGCUCUGAUCCUCAGUUCCUGGUCGGUCGCUUAAGAAGCCUUUCUUCCUCCCAAUUGGCCGCUUUUACUUCUCCUGUCUCUGCUUUGGACUCCAAUGAUCCCGCUUUUCCUUCAACCUCCCGAUCCAGGGGCCAGUCUUUCCUGAGCCGAACCCAGACCCAGUCGGCCGUUUUCACGGACCACGCUUAUGCUUUCGAAAGGACUGACCCGCUAUCUAUACUUCUCCUUAACGUUUUUGCCGCGCCCAUGGACCCAGAGACAACCGAAUCCCGUUUGCGCAUGGAUGUAUGGUCUUCUGUCUGCGCACAACUAAUAUCCAGUGACAGUAGUAGAUACUACCCCCUCAUCGGCCAGGUCUUAUCUUCUUGGGCCACCGGAAGCAACUGGAAAGCCCGUUCCAAAUUUGAACUCUACCUCAUGGACAUUUUGCAAACCGGUGCGUUUCUUUUGGAGCCUAUACCCACACCACCAGGGUUGGACUAUUCCACGGAUGCUUUGGAUCCUAUGCGAACGGAAGUUGCAGAAGAGUUCUUUGCUUCUGCCGUGGAUGACCUGUUCCAGGUGCUUGAUGAUCCGGACGGCGGAUUUCCUCAUGCUGUACUGCAAUUUGCAAAGGCCGUUUUGCAAAAGCUGGACAGCCCUGAGAGCCGCAGUCGCUUCUUGGAAUUUUUGUUUGUUCAAUGGUUCUUUUCGAAGUUCCUCUACGGUGCAUUAACGUAUCCGGAGACACAUGGCCUCCUUCUUGACUUCCAUAUCAGAAAAUAUGCUCGAGAGAAAUUGCUGAACCAGGUCGGGCACCGGGCAUACUCUCAAGUUUUUGCUGUUUUACGUUCAAUGCACAAUUUCUCUAUCUCACGUCCCCUCGUCAGAGAGCAUGUCGAGAACAUGCUUUCUCGAUUCGAGACCACGAAACCCCCCGAGACACCGGUAGACUACUUUCCUUCUUUGCAGACUUCACAACCCCCACGACGAAACUCUUCCUCGACAUUCCUUAUGAUGUCUUCUUUAGAUGCUCUCACCCUCCUUGACGCUCUUUUCCAACAGACUCAUACCUCAUUCCAAUCCUCACCAGCAUCUACAGGAGCUCACACUUGGGCAACUAGUCCAUCAUCUAUCAACUUACGUCCUGACUUCAAUAUGGAAUCUGGAUUCGCUCGCUUCAAGCACGACACUAACUCAAGGCCCACGUCAAUGAAUGGUUCUAUAUUCUCGGUUGAAGUACCGUCACCGACAACCUUGGAGAGUUUGUCCGAAAAGGCUGCUCGUAUUCGUUUUGAGUUGACCGACUUGGAUCACCCUAACGAGCGUUUGACUUUAGAGCACCCUUCGGAUGAACACUGGACGAUCUUCUCAGUUGCAGCCGAUGGCCAUGGUUUGACUUGGAGCCUCCUUCCGCAGAGCAAAUUCGAUGCUUCCAAGAACUCCAUACUGGAUAGCGAUGAAGACGUACUUUCCACUACUUUGGGACUGGAGGACAACCAUGAGGCGCUACAAACGGCCAUCGUUAGACUUGUCAAGGAAAGCCGGGUCCAAAGCUCAGGGGAAUACGAUGCCUACCUUCCAUCUAACCUCCAGCGAGGGACCGCCAUGUCCCUGAAGCAGCGAUUCAAUGAAGCCAUGUUUUGUUGCCAUCACGACUCUGAUUUCGUCGGUGCACACUACUGGUGGAAUGCUUCCCGGCAGCUUGGUCAAGGCGUAGCGCCAAGCUCGUCGAAGGCUGCUGACGACUCGUGGAUUCUGGGACCGAUGCAUGAUUCUUACAGUCGCUCGUUGAGUCAAUCUCGAGUCGUAAUUGAGCGAUGUGAAAGCGACUUGGUAUCUCUUGACCACACCCUGCGCCGACUCCAAACUCAGGUGAAAGAACUCACCGACACAUUCUCCAAAAUCCGGAACAAGAUGUGGUAUAUGACCGACGUCAAAAAUUCCGUGAAAUAUGAAGAAGCUAAGCAUGUCGCUAUGGCUCUGAAAACGAUGGUUUACUCGGCCCGAUUGUUCAGCAAAUAUCCAGAGGAACCGCGAUCUCGCUAUGGACCAAGAUCCCUGGGUGGCUCUCUGUUCCAGAAACCCGAAGUGCAAAUCAUGAACAUGAUGAAAGCACCUAGUAGCCAGGGUGGACCUAACAAGCUUUCAGAUGAGCAAGUCGAGUUGACACGGAAGUGGUUGUCCCACAACGGGAUCGAGAACUUCUGCAAGGGCGAAGAGCGGAUCCAUCGAUUCUGCUAUGAAGUGCGCAUGAGCAUCAAUAAACUCGUGGGUGAAACGAUGACCGAUGCCCCCGUGCUGUGGUCAAGCGAGCUUUUCCAAAGGGAACGCUCAAGGUUUGAAGGCUACGGCUCUCGCCCUUUCCCAGGCUUGUCCAUGCCCAGCACUCCUCGGCCGUCAACGACGACCAGCGAGGAUACAAACCAUACUUCUCACUUUUAUGGAUCCAAAUUCCCAAUGCCGGAUCCGAUGUCUCGCCUCGCUCAGGAAACACCUACUUUGAACCACAAACCCUCCAUCCAGAGCAUAAUUUCUGACAAAUGGCGACCCCAACGAGACCUGCCUUCAAUUGAUAUGACAUCGAUCGGCGGCUCUCCUGGUCGUGCUGCUUCAACUUCUACCGGUGACACCUGCAGCACAUUCUGGUCUGCACCACAGCGGCAUCAUAUGUAUGCUGCAAGUGUCUCCAGCGUGUAUUCUCGACCACCAUCCAUGUUCAGUGAGACUGCAACCCGUCAGCCCCGUCAUGUAGAGCGCAAAAAGCACGGGAAGACAGCUUUCAUGGAUGACUUGAGACAGACGUUGACUAGUCUGCUCCUUAGCGAUCUGGGCUCCCCGGUGUGGAGCUGCGGCAGUGAGACUGAUGCUUGGUUCACCAAUGCUCUGGGUCAGAAACGAAUCCAGGUGGAAAUGCGCAGGCGAGCUGCGGCUCAGAGGUUCUACGCCGACUAUGAGCAACGCUCUCAAAAUCGGAGUCAGCAGCGUGGCACGCUACUAGGUCGCCGGAGCAGGUCUCUGGAUAGUCUGCGGGAGUCUAACAAAUCUGCUGAUGCAGAUUCCUCGUCGGAGCUACCGAUAUUACCUUCAGAGUCGGAGGGGCAGUCGGCCUUCUCAUAUAAGGUAGUCUUCCAUCGAUUAAUCGAGGUGUUUUCGCGACAUGGAAACCCUUUCGUGAAACUCAACGCCCUGCGAGACCUCAGGUCAUUAGUCAUUGCAUCGCUUACCUCGUCGCAAGAUACAAGUUGCACCUCCACUCGCGGCUCUCCUUCUAGCGACCCCGAUUUGAUGCGAAAUGGGUCUCAACUUAACCGUGUUGCCCGCCACAGUUUCUCUGAACUGCGACCCUCCAACCUCCCUCGAAUGGAUACCAUACCUUCUUCUAUACCGGAUUCGGUCACAUGUGGCUCUCGACACUCCGAUUACUCCACGCCAUCUGAGUCUCAAAUCGUGGCUGCCCUGCGUGAUCUGAUAUUAGAAGUCAAGCCAAAGACUCUCUUCAGGGAUCUUCAAUUUAUCUCUGCCUUCGUGCCAGUAGAUCAACUCAACAAGAUUGAUCGAGGAACAGCAUUCCUCCAAUUUGGCCUGGCCGCACUUAGCCUCAAGGAAGAGAUCUGCCACAGCAUGGUUGAGAUCGCCGACCGAAUCGUCUCUCAGGAGCUUUCACGACGUCAUCCCCCCUUCGCUUCAGACUUCCAUUCCCACCCCGGUCGCGCCAUCCAAGACGCGGCGGGUAUGUGGAUUAUCACCGCCAAAGAGGGCAACCCAGUCGCACAGCGAGAACUCGCCAUUCUCUACCUGACUCACCCUGAACUUCUUCCUCGCGUGACUCUCCCUCUGACACUUCCGCGGGAUACAUUUAAGGCGGAGAUGAUGUACCGACAAGACAAGGACUCCAAAUCAGAUCCGCAGAGUAUGUGUUUGGCACUGCACUGGAUGCAGCUGUCUGCCAGUGGGGGUGACACUCUUGCUCGCAAUCGACUUCGUGAGCGUGAAGAGUUUGACUCUAUUGCAUGA